CAUGCGAACACUAAACCUGUGGGAAUCGGAUGUGGGAAUGAAGUCACAUCAUGACCAGUGGAACAAAGGAGAACAGUGCCCUGUCAAGCAGUUCACUGAAAACAACUCCGCCACGAUAAGUCCAUGCGAACAGAUCAACAACAGAUGGCGCCACUCAGCCUCUUCCAUCCACCCAUAUUGUGCAGUCUUCUUUCUGGUACGUAGUAACAUCUUGCAGCAACCCAAAAACAAUAGAAGAGAAAGAAGUUUCAGCCUCAGCCGCAACCGCAGCCACCAAGCAAGGACCAGGACCAGAGCAUUGGAUCUAUUGAGUCUUGUGAGCAUACGGUAGAAUCCGGCGGCUGCAGCUACUUCCCAAUCGGAUCAGAGAAACUUGGAAUUUGAGUGUGGAAAGAUUGAAGUCACAUAGGAGUGAGUCGAGUCAUGUCAAGCCAGACCGAGGUGAAGCAAGAGGAGAAGGGGAGAUGGUGGGUCUCGUCAGAAGCUCCAGACUACAGCAAGAGGACGGUUGUCUCAACUGAUGCACAAUCCCAAGAACAACCAAAGCAAGCAGCAUCAACAGAUCCCCAAAUGACCGUUGAUGGCGACACUGUGCCUUCCUCAGGCGAUUUAGACCACGAUGUGUCGCUGGCACUGAAACUGCACCAAGAAGAACAAGAUGCUCAAUACGCCACAAAUCUUGAAGCAUCAUUAUCACCUGUUCAAGUACCAGCUCCACAAAUGGCAAAAAUGACGGAACGCGGCAACGAAGAUGAUGUUGAAUGGGAAGAACAUGAUGUCCCCACCGUGGAUCCGACUGUCACAUCGGAGACCACAGAUGGCACCACAAAGAAAAAACGGAGAAGGAGGAGAAGGAAAAGGGAGAAUGGAAAGGACACACGAGGGUGUUGUCGCAAAUUGGAAGAAGACGAAAAUCUGUUUUCUUUGUGUAUUGGGGCACUCUUUUGUUCCUGUUGUUUUGCAACUGGUGGUGCCGUUGCGGCCGACGGAGAUUGUUGCGAGUGCUGCGAUAUUUUCUAAUUGUUGUGAUAUUCUCUAAAGCAACGCACGGGCGUACAAUUUCCAGUGAUUCGAUUCAACCAAUCUACUGAUUGCCAACUCCAAUUCCUGGCUCCUUGUUCCAAUUCCGGGCAUAUCAAGUCAAUGUAAUCCAUUCAAAAUUCAUAUCAUAAUAAGAACAAUUGAAAGU